CUUCUUUCAAAAACAGACAACAAUCUUACUAAGCCCAAACCUCUGAACGAUAGUUAAUAAUCACAGUGAAUACAGAAAUAUGAUUUUCAAGUAUACCAAUUGAGUGGGUGAUGAUGAUAAUAGAUCACACAACAUAACCUCACCUCACCUCACCUCAUUCUCUGCUAGUAAUGCUGAGAAUUCACUCUUUUCCAGAAUGACCAAGUCAUUUUUCAAAGCAGCAAUUUGAGACAUGACUUUCUGUAACAUGAUUUCCUGUCAAAUUAAAUGAUGUUUUAUUAACAAAGUUCGGGAGAAGCACGAGCAGAUAAUUAACACAGGUGGAGAGCACUCAGCAAUCAAUGGUAAGAGGUGUAUAUAUACAGCAGUCUCACCUCAAUUCAUUUGACAGUCUCGCAGCAGUUAGUAGCUUUUGGUUCCAGCUCUGCCAUUAUGUCACAAUCGAGCUCUUCAUCUGAUGAGAACGGAAACACCACCAAGGAUGCACGUUCACAUUCCGCCGGUCCAACGACCAUCCCUCCAACGCCGGACGUCGCACCUGAGCCCCAGGCUUCUUCACGCGGCCGCACACCGGCCCGAACAGCCCUACGCUCACCAAGACGUCGAGGCCAGUCUUCACUGCCCCCGGCAAGGCUUCCACCUUCUUCCCCGGCCUCCUCCUACCGCUCGGCCGUCCCGACGAUCCCACCUAUCGGGAAGUGGACCGUAGCUGGAUUGAGGGAAGCGCUCGGCAACUCAGACAUACAGGCUUCGCGAAAAAUGAACAAAGCGGAGCUGUAUGAUCUGUACGUUUCCCUACAGUCGACUCCAAAAACGACCCACAGGCAGAGCAAAGCCCGCAGGGCCCAAAAUUCGCCUGCCCAGCUACCACCGUCGUGUUCCCGCACAGGAUCUGGCUCGCUUCGCCCAUCGAGCCGCAGAAACCGGUCUUCAGCGAGCCUAGGCCGCGCCCCAGAUUCCGCCAUGGCAGGUCCACACCCACCUCCCGAUGAGGCCCAGCCCUCCACCACGGUUCCUGCUGCCACAGUGCCGCAUGCAGCCAGGCCCAGCGGCCCCCCCACAGCCACUCAGUUUCAUAAUCCUGCUAUACAUAACCCUUUUUCUUUUCAGUGGCCUACAGCCCCCGUUGGAGACACUAGCGCGAGGCCAUCGCUGCUACCAGCACAGACCCAAGGAUACCAACAAUUCUACCCACCAGGUUAUAACCCCGCCCACUUCCAGUGGCCUGCGGCUCCAGUAGCUCAAACAAGCGCAGGCCCGCCUCCGCUUGCAGUUCAAGCCCACGCUUCAAAUUAUUAUGCUCCUCCCUGUUCGUCAUACCCUCCAACUAACUUUCCUUUUCAAACCACAGCAGGUCAUCUAAGCGUGAGGCCGCCGCCGACAUUCGCAGCCCCGGAUCAUACCUUUCCUAGCUCUCUCAUACAAAAUAAAUCACCUUAUUCUCUCUUCACAGCGACUCCGAUGCCCGUGCCAUCCAACGCAGUCGUCAUGGAACCACCACCGGUAUCCCAAAGCAUCCGAGCACAGAUCUUAUCAGAAAUUCAGGACGCUGGCUCCAGAGGCGGAUCAAUUCCCAACUCCAGUACCUCGCUAUUCAGAACUAAUAUUCCCGUAACCCACCCGUUAAAACCCCUGCUUGACGCAUCGCUCGACACUAUCCUCAAAGCAGUUUCUCCCAGAACCCUCCAAUCCUACGUGACGGCUUGGAGAUGUUUUAAAACAUUCCAUGUCUCUUAUAACAUGCCUUUCCCUGAUUUCUCUCUUCUUUCAGUCACCUCUUUUAUUACCUACCUUAAUAGCAUUAAGGGCCUCCAAGUCGGGUCCAUCAAAGGAUACUUGAGCGGCAUCCAGUUUUUCCAUAAAUUGAUGUACGGCGCUCCUUCCCCCGAGAUAAACAACUCACAAACCUCCCUCCUGAUCAAAGGGAUUCAAAGAUCCCAGCCCAGCCGUACCGACGCUAGACAACCUAUAACGUUAGACAUUCUCACCAAAUGCAUUCGCGCCCUCCGCACAGGCUACCAGCCCAUCAGUACCGCUCGCACACUUGACGCUAUGUUUGUCCUAGCCUUUUUUGGUUUUCUCAGAUGUUCGGAACUCGCCAUCACGUCCAACUUCGACCCAAAAAUCCACCCCACCAUCUCAGACUUAUCAGUAAUAGAUGGGGAAUCAAUUUCAUAUUUGAUUAAACAAAGUAAGACCGACCAAACCAAAAAAGGCCAUUUCAUAUACAUUUUUAAUCUCCCAUCGCCAAUCCAACCAUACCAGUCAGUUCUGGCAUAUUCGCAAUGGAGAAGCUCUCAGGCCAAAUCUCCUCUGGAACCCCUAUUCAUAGACGAAUCCAAAAAACCUGUGACUCGUUUUUGGUUCCAGAAACACCUCAAAGCCGUUCUCCAACAGUCAGGCAUUCCAGUAAAGAAUUUUUCAAGUCACUCAUUCCGUAUUGGGGCAGCAACUUCAGCAGCCCAAAAAGGCCUCUCCCAACAGCAGAUACAAGCCCUUGGGAGAUGGUCCUCAGAUGCUUUCCAUAGCUAUAUCAGGACCAACCGAUUCCACAUUAAAAAAGCUCACCAAACCCUCAUUGAAUGAG